AUGUCGUUUGCUGCUCUACCUGAAAACGACGCCAAAUCUCUCAGGCGCAGCCGUAUUCUCUCCAGCAAGCUCUACUUUGACGUCCCGAGCUCCAAGGUAAAACCAGUAUCUAAAUUCGUCUGUGCUUUCAAGUUUACAUUUCGGAAUCUGAGAAUUUCGCCAAGUUUUCAUCUCGGCAUUGAGAAGCUGCAUCCGUUCGAUUCGGCUAAAUGGGGUCGGAUAUGUAGAUUCUUGUCCAUGGAUGAUGUUGUGGACAAGAAUUGCAUUGUAGAGCCAAAGGAAGCUGCAAAGGAAGAUCUUGUGCAUUUGCAUACAGAAGCAUACUUGAAUAGUCUAAAGGAAAGUGCAGAUGUGGCUAUCAUAAUUAACGUACCUCCUGUUGCCCUGUUUCCAAAUUGCCUUGUGCAGCAGAAAGUUCUCAGUCCUCCAUUUCACAACCAGGUGGGGGAACCAUCUUGGCUGCAAAGCUUGCAAAAGAGCGAGGAUGGGCCAUCAAUGUGGGAGGACUGGGUUUAUCAUUGUUGUGGGGGAAAAGGAGGUGGAUUCUGUGCUUAUACCGAUAUUUCUCUUUGCAUACAUUUUGUGCAGGUGCGGUUAAACAUAUUUCUCAAGGGUGAUGAUUAUUAAUCUUGAUGCACAUCAAGGAAAUGGCCAUGAAACAGAUUUUGCCAAUGACAGAUUAUGAAGCAAGGAGAUUCAUUGAUCAGAGGGUUGAAGUAGCGGUGAGCCGAGUGGCACUACAACAAUCGAGUACUUGAGAAAGAUGAAGCUCUUGAGGUAUAUACUUACAAGUCAUGUGCUGCCGUUUUCUAUCUGACAAUCUUUAGCAAUAGUUUUUCUUCUAGACACACUGUAGUUGCGUAACUUAUUUGAUUAGAAGUACUUUCAUGUGGACUCAAGAACCUGAUAUGAAUGUUGGGUUGCUGCUCAUAAUUUUGCUCCUGAGUUGAUGGUCUACAAUGCUGGAACUGAUAUUCU